GGGGCCUAGCGGGUCUGCCGUUGCCAAGCGACGAGGGAGUGAGUUGGGCCUAGUUCAUUUCGAAGCUGAGCUUGGGAGUCGCCUCUUCCACCUCAAAUUCUCCCUUUUUGGGAGGUGGAAGGGCCUAGAAACCUAUAUAUUUUUUUAAAAAAAUAGAAUAAAUUUUCCUGACUUUCUGUCACUCAAAGAUUUGCACUCUGCACAUGCUCAGAGGUUACCCCCCUCUGACAGUUGCUUGACAUUUCAUGAUGGGGGACAUCCUUGCGUAUGAAGCGGAAUUGCUCGGAAUGGUGAAAGAGUAUUUGGACUAUGCUGAGUUUGAGGAGACUGUGAAAACUUUCACAAAAGAAUGCAAAAUAAAAGGGAAGCCAUUGCCUAAGACAGGAGGUAGUUGUGCAAAGGACUCUAAGACACUAAUAAUCCAGGAUCUUCUGACUUCCUUUACCGACGGAGACCAGGAUGUCUUCUUUGAACUCUGGGAGGAACACAUCCCUUCCGCAGUGCGAGACAAAGAAGCUCUUGCCCAGAAGCUGGAGUUCUACCUUCACAUUCAUUUUGCCAUCUUCCUCUUAAAGCACUCGGUGGGGAAGCCGAACAAAGUGGCUUUGGAUAAAAGGAUUUUGCGCUUUAAAACCUACCUGGAAACCAAAGGGGCAGGCCUGAGCCAGACGACAGAAUUCCUCCCAUUCUACGCCUUGCCUUUUGUUCCCAACCCUAUGAUCCACCCUUCCUUCAGAGAACUUUUCCAGGACUCUUGGGAGUCUGAUCUGAAAACAAGGUUGGAAGAAUUCCUGUCUGUGACGCUAAAAGCCAGUAAUACUCCAAGGCUUUUGACGUUAUAUAAGGAGAAUGCACAGUGCAGCCAAGAAAUGCUGCAGCAACUUCACCAGCAGCUGGUGGAGUCUGAACGCAAAACUAUGACUUACCUCAAGCGAUUCAAUAAAAUCCAGGCCGACUAUCACAACCUGAUUGGGGUCACGGCCGAACUGGUGGAUUCCCUGGAAGCCACAGUGAGUGGCAAAAUGAUCACUCCAGAAGACCUACAGAGUGUUUGUGUGCGUCUCUUUAGCAACCAGAUGAGGCAGAGUGUGGCCCACAGCAUUGACUUCACAAGGCCUGGAACUGGAUAUUGCUGUAUGAGCCCCUCUGAUGAUGGAUAUGCCGCCAACAUGUUAAGAGCAUCAUUAGCUCCUGUGAAAAUACAAGAAGUGCCCCUCUUGCCUUCCUUGGAUUAUGAGAAGCUCAAGAAGGACCUGGUGGAUGGCAACGACCGCCUAAAAGCCUUCCUCCUGCAAGCAUUGCGUUGGCGUUUGACAACCUCUCACCCCGGUGAGCAGAGGGACACAGUGCUGCAGGCUUAUAUCAACAAUGACCUUUUGGAUUGCUACAACAGUGUCCAGAGAAGUGUGUUGAUGCUGAUACAGUCAAAGAGUGAGGUGGUUCGUCAGUAUACAGCCAGGCUUAUUAAUGCUUUUGCCUCAUUGGCUGAAGGUCGGCUUUACCUUUCCCAGAAUCCCCGUCUGCUCCGAAUGCUGGAAGAGAGGCUGAAAGCUGAGGACAAGUAUUCUCUUACCCGAGAGAAUGUCCUGGGAGCUUUGCAGAAACUUAGCCUCAGGCGGGCUUUGCAGUCGGCGAUGAUCAAGGAUGGUCUCAUUCUGUGGUUGGUGGAAGCCUUGAAGGACACAGAUAGCAUGUCCGAUUACACCUUGGCCUACUCGGUUGCCUUGCUCAUGAACCUUUGCCUUCGCAGCGCAGGGAAGAAAAUGUGUGUGAAGAUUGCAAAUGAGGUACUCAAAGUUCUCUCGGAUCUUCUGGGCCAUGAGAAUCAUGAGAUCCAUCCCUAUGUGAACGGGGCACUUUACAGCAUCCUUGCUAUUCCGGCCAUACGAGAGGAAGCUCGAGCAAUGGAAAUGGAAGACAUUCUGCGCUGCUACAUUGAGGAAGGAAAUGCUGAUAUGAUCCAGCAGAUUGAGUUCAUUAUCAAGCAACUUAAAUCAGAUGAGCCACUGGAUGAUAGCGCAGAGUCUGAUGAUGAGGAAAAAGAAGAUAACGACGAAGAGGACCAUAAUAGCAUGGAAGCUGAUCUGGAUAAAGAUGAAGUGUUGCAGCCUCAGCCGGGGGAGUUGUCGGGCGAGAAACUCUUGACCACGGAAUACUUGGGAAUAAUGACCAAUACUCCCAAAGCCAAAAGGAAGCCGGUUCCCAGCCUGCAGCAGAGCGUUGAUGAACCAUUCCAGAGGCCCAUGACGCCGGGCUGCCACAGAGGCACCACCUACGCAACCGAGCAAGUCUUAAAACCUGCAGGGCCUAAACAAGAGAUGUUUGCAAAACAGGAGGCGUUGAUUGCUAUUCCUGACAGGUCAGAACAUGAUGCUGUAUCUUCUAGUAGCGGGGAGAGCCGUGUCCAGCACAGACAGAUCCAGGUCGCCGAGUCAGUAACGUACAGCGGGAGGAGACCCAGCUUGUCAGAGCUUUGUUCCUCUUUGGCAUCUGUUGAAACAGAAAUGUCGGAGAGAUCCUCGGUGCAUUCUGGAAAAAGUCAACGUGUCACUCCAGCUGCUGAUAUCCUGUUUCUCCAUUCCCCAGAUUGCUCCCAGGACAGUGCAAAUGAAUUAUCCAACAGUGAUUUCCUCUCUGGCUUUGCCAGCAAACCGAAGCUGCCCUGCUCUCCAGACUCCCAGAAUGUCAAACCUGGAAGGGGCAAGAUACCCACCAUUGCACCCCAGUUCUCCCAGUCUGGACCCCAGCAAACCAGUCGCCCUGGUUCUUCCGGAUCGUCAGCACGAAGCAGGCAAAGCAGCCAGUCGUCCCGGAGGUGAGGACAGGUCCUAUCCUCAGGGAUCACCUGCCAAAGAGCUGAAGGUGAGACCUGGCCAACUCCCUGCAACAGGAACCUCCCCAUUUGCAGGCCAAAUGGGCUGAUUAUCCACGCUGUGACCGGUGGACACCUUACACACCAAGAUCUAUCUGAUGGGAUGAGCCUUUUCUUGGGUGCUUCCUGCCUGGAGCAUAUUUGUCUUCCCAGUAUGUACAGCUAAGGGUCCUUUUCGUUUGUUCAUUUUCUUCACCAGAAAUCACAAAUUAGCAA